AUGUUUUACAACAUUUUAGGGCAUUUUGACAAACUUUGUUUCAAAUUGCGUUUUUACCCUUCCUACACCCCAGCAAUCAUCUGCAACUACUCAGAACUUUGCGAAUUUAAUCAAUUUUUGCAAAUUGUAUUUUUGGGCCAUUUUUUGCCAGAUCCUGUCCCACUUUUCGCAGCCGCUGCCCGCACAACCGCGCACACUCCACACCCGCUCCACAAAAGCCCUUCCGCCGUUUUCCUUAAUCCCCGCAAACAGCCCCAAAAACGUCCCUGCGCAUCCAUUUCACUCACCUAUUGCCUAUGCCACCUUCUUCCCCCCGUUUCACGCACUUUGCUUCCACCCCACUUUCACACACCUGUGCUUGUCAGCUCAAAACUGCUGCAAUCCAUUUUUCAAAUUGAACAGCGCACGACCUCAACCCACAUAAAAUCUACAAUCAAGAACCAUAAACUAAAAAGCUCUGUAUUCACAACCACAAUGCAAUUGGCAUACCCACACCACCCCCGCUUCUUCAUUCACCCUCCCUUCCUCUCUGUACUCUGGCCUGCUCACGUGACGUACCGUUUUCGAACCGCGCGGUGGACGUCUCCCACUAUCGCACUCGGCCCAAGUAUUGCCCUGGUCUCCUACUACUCUGCCCGGUCAACCCAUCUUAUUUUCGUGAAAAUUUUUCACGCCCAACAAACUCGCAACAACAUGCAACGUCACUCAUAUAACAAUUGCACACCACAUACGUUCUGA